GGUGAAAAAGGAAAAUGUUUUUCGGUUAAUAAAAAAGCGGGAAUGCUCGAGUGUGAAGCUUGUAAAGCAUAUGGAUACCAAUUUGACGUUAUUUCUAAUAAAUCAGCAUUUAAUAAUAUUUUAAAUUUUAAGUUAUCGCCAAAAUACCCUAGAGCAAUAAGAACUCAUAUUGAAAGUGAAAUUCAUACAAAAAGCACAAAAUGUAAGGCAUAUUAA